AUGUUAGAAUAUUACAAGUUCUUGUUUUAUACGAUUCUAAUUUCACACCAUGAACCGACAGUAGCGUUUUUGAAGCAAAGCUUCGAUUGUGGACCGUACGGCUUCGUGUGCGAAGGUACAACUAAAUUAAGGCUUUGUGAGGGCGACAACUUAUUAGGACCUGCUUUCAAUUGUCCAGCAAAUACUGUAUGCAACGAGGACUCGAGUGAUGUCUGCGAAAAUACAAUAAACUAUAUUGAUCCUGCAAUAAGUCGCACGGUACGGUGUCACCGUAAUGAAAGAAUUGCUGAUCCAAGUGUCGCCGAUUGCAAAGGAUAUAUUCUUUGUAUACCUAACAAAAACCGAUUUCAAGGUAUCAAGUUUAAAUGCUCUGGAACAACUAUUUUUAAUGGUUACACUCGGACAUGCUCUUCUCCUGAUACGUAUAAAUGUCCAAUGACGAAUAUUACGAAAACAACGUCCACCUUAUAUCACCAGGAUAAUCGUAGAAUGGACACAAACACUAGAAAUAAUAACUUUGAUAAUUUAGAUAUGAAUUCGCACUGGGGCAGACCUAUUGACUGUAAAAAUUACAAAUUUGCGGUAACACAAGACAAAAGUCCCGUUCGCGCUAAAUAUUUUUGUCCAACACGUCCGGUCAGAGGAGAGUCCGCUAUUCGAUGUACAAUUUUCUCCAACCAGUUCUGCAUAACAUUAGAGAGAGACGAAAAGGACUCCUUUAUUCAACCAACAGGUGCAGCUUAUCGAAAACCCAGGUCUUUUGUAGUAAACAAAUAA